AUGUCAAGUACAACAGUAGUAACAAAUAUGAAUGGAACUGAUCAAGUUAAUUUACCAUACGCACGUCUUGAAUCAACACAUUUUGGAACAUAUGAAAUAUGGCAAGAGAAAACAAUUGUUGGAAAAAAAACGAAUCAUCAUGAAGUUGAUGUAAACAUGGGUUCAACUUCUGUUGUUUCUCGUAUACAUUUUGAAUUAAUACUUAUUAAUGGUAGUGAUUUUCAAUUAAAAUGUCUUAGUAAAAAUGGUAUUUUUAUUAAUAAUAAUUAUACAAAAAUGUCAUCAAUAACUACUUUACCUAAACAAUGUACUCUUCGUUUUCCAAGUACUGAAAUGUCAAUUUCAUUUGCAUCAUUAAUCAAUAAUAAUAAUAAUAAUAAUGGUAUUUCAAUUAAUCGAACAUCACCUGAAAGUGUUUCACGUCAUGUAUCAACAGAUGCAUUACAACAACAACGUUUAUCAUCAUCAUCAUCGUCAUCAUCCAUUCCUAUUGAUACAAAUAAUCAAUCAACGACAUCUUCAUUACUUCUUCAAUCUGUUCCAAAUGUUACUCCACAACAACAAGUUAUUCUUGUAGCUGUUAAUCAACAUCCACAACGAACAGUAAAUCAUACUACUAAUAAUAAUAAUCAUGAAACAAAUAAUCAUAAUAAUCUUCUACCAUUAACUCUUAACAUACCAAAUUCAUCCACAUCAUCAAUUAAUUCAAUUCUAUCAAAUACUAGAAAUAAUGGAUUAGUUAAAUAUGAAAAUCCAACGACAGUGAAUUUAACAUCAAAUAAUUCUUUAAUAAGUUCUUCCAUAUCAUCAUGUUCAACAAGUCCAAAAAAUCUUAAUAGUGAUAUUAAUGAAAAUCAAACAUUAGUUAGUUCUCCUAUCAUUCAACGACUUGCAUCAUCAGGAAUCGAUAUCAAUCAGCAAGAUCAUGAUAAUAAUAGUUCUAAAAAUGGUAUAAAACCACCAUUUUCUUAUGCUCAAUUAAUAGUUCAAGCGAUUUUAUCGGCACCUGAUAAACAAAUGACAUUAAGUCAAAUAUAUAAUUUCAUAUCAGCUCAAUAUCCAUAUUAUGAAGCUAAUAAUCGUGGUUGGCAGAAUUCUAUUCGACAUAAUCUUAGUUUAAAUCGUUAUUUUAUACGUCUUGCUCGAAAAGAAAAUGAAUCUGGUAAAGGAAGUUUUUGGCGUUUAGAUGAAACAUGUGAAGAAAAAUUAGUUGAUCAUGCAUUUCGUCAUCGUAAACAACGUGGAAAUUCAAUUUCAUUUAAUUCGUCGAAUAAUGAUUUAAAUUUAAAUAAAUCGGAUGAUGCACAUUCACCAACAACACAAUAUCAAAAUGAUCAAACUGAUUUUUUAUUAGCUGAUAUUCAUACAAGUAAUCCAUCAACACCAUUAUCACCAAUGACAAGUCCAUUGGUCGGUCCAAUUAUUGAAGCUAUAUCUCCUAUUAAAUCAGUGGAAGAUAAUAAACGAAAACGUGAUGAUGAUGAUGACGAUGAUGUUGAUGGAGAUUUACGAAAUGAACAACAAAUUGAAGAUUUAUUAAAUGAUCUUACUGCAUCAAUAGAUGAAACAGUAAAACGUCAAAAAACAUUAACUGAAUUAUCAUCAUAA